ACGUCCAAUCAAAGUUGAUUCACCGCCACCACAUUGGAAUCCGACAACAUCGUCAACAGGAUUAUUGUCGUUCAUACAUUACUAAGGCAAUCUUGGUCCAAUCAAAAUCAAAGCCACCAAUUUUCCUUCAUAUCCCCUUCUCCUCACUCUUGACCCCCUCAAAUUGAUCGAUCCGAGUGAAGAAACGGGUCGUAGGGAAGAACCCCAGAAGAUUUCCUUUUCGACGAUGUCUUCUGGGGCGGUUCGAUUGCUUGUGUUGGAUUUUGCCCUCUCUUUUAUGUGGUUAUGGUCGGGGGUUUUGGUUAAGAUCUUUGUUUUUGGGAUAUUGGGGUUCGGAAAUGAUCUGGUUAGCGAGGUUGUCAAGGCUUCCUUUUCGAUUCUCAACAUGUUCUUCUUUGCGUUCCUGGUGAAAAUUUCAAACGGGUCUGCUUAUAAUCCUCUUACCAUCUUAUCUGCUGCUUUUUCUGGGGAUUUCAGUAAAUUUCUGUUCACUGUUGGUGCCAGAAUCCCUGCUCAGGUAAUAGGAGCUAUUACUGCUGUUAGGCUGAUUAUCCAUACGUUUCCCGAAGCAGGACGAGGGCCUCGUUUGGCCGUUGGCAUCCAUCAUGGUGCUUUGACGGAAGGAUUGUUAACAUUUGCCAUUGUAUCUAUCUCACUUGGACUUUCAAGGAAAAUAGUUGGAAAUUUCUUCAUGAAGACUUGGAUCUCAAGCUUAUCCAAGUUAACUCUUCAUAUUCUCGGUUCCGACUUAACUGGUGGCUGUAUGAACCCUGCAUCUGUAAUGGGAUGGGCGUAUGCUCGUGGGGAACAUAUAACAACAGAACAUAUUCUUGUAUACUGGAUCGCUCCAAUUCAAGGAACUAUAGCAGCGGUAUUGACGUUUAAGUUAAUAUUUCGACAACCGAAACAAGAGAAAGUAAAUAUGAAGAAAAAAUCAGAAUGAGUAAACUUGCUGAAUUUUGUUGUUCUGCUGAUGGAUUUCUUUGAUAGCAUUGUUCAAAAUGUAUAUAAUUGUUUACUGAUUUGUGCAUGCUUUUUAUUCGAUUUUCUUGGGUGGGUAAAACAUCAAUCACCAUUCAAAAUAUCAACUGUUCGACUUUUCCACCUUAUAAUUAUCUAACGAGAAAAAAUGUACUUUUGUAAUAGUUAAUCUAAAAGCGCUAAACUUUUGGCUACAAA